AUGAAACGCAUCGCAGGUCGGCAGAUUCAGCGAGAGGAUGGCGAUGACCCACACGCCAUCGAGGAAGAUCAUCCGAAUGAGGCGCCUUCCGAGCGCUCAUCCGCGCCGCAGCCGCCCCGUGUUAUCCGUGGCCUGCCAAAACGCAAAGGAUUGACGCCGUCCGCCGGCGCGCCAACGGUGAGUCCCUUUGCCAUCGGGGCAGCGAAUCCAAGCCCUGCAGCCAACCCGGCAGCGUCGUCGUCGCUAUUUUCAUCGGUCAAUUUGACAUCCAAACCUUCUUCCACACCAGCGGCUACGUUGUCGCCAUUGGCAGCCGUGCAACUUUCGACCAAGCCAUCCAAUGCUUCGUCGUCGCCAACAGCGCCUUCCACGACCCCAGCCAAACUAGACAGCCCUACCACCACCAAAAAGGAUGUAACAGGGUACUGGAAAGCGUUGCGUGGCUUAAACUGGUCGUUGGCACGUGAGAUGGUAAGUAUGUUUAAUACAGGCGACGAACUGGCAGACUGGCACGAUACACUAGUGCAAAUGGCGCAGAAAUACCAGCAGCAUCACACUUCAAUGCGAUCAAAGUACCUGGGUACGACAACGACAACCUCAAAGCCCGCUACAGCAUCGUCGCAGUCUGCCUUCGCUGUACCUUCAUCGUCCAAUACAUCAAGUGCCUUUUCGGCCAGUGCGAAGACGACAGCACCCACAGAGCGCAACGAUACGCCACGGCCCACAAAGACCACCGUACUGCCGAUGUCCUCAUCUAUGCCGUCGUGGACUAUGCCCUCUGCGCCGAAAGAGACAGAGGCCCCCCCGGUAAAGAAGCCUUCUGCGCCUGCGUUCUCAUUCAAAGUGCCUGAACCUGUGCAGCCAGCGAAGACAGAAAAGCCCGUACCUCCGCGUACGAAGGAGAACACAUCGCCAGCGCCGACACUGCCCUCCCUCCCAGCCGGUGGUUUUUCGUUUGCUGGUCAGUCCACCAACGCAUUUUUCAACACUACAUCUGGUGCUAGCGAUACGCCGGCGGGUGUCAAAGCACCGGCUUUGUCUGUCCCCAAAGGAGGCUUCUCUUUUGGCCAAGCUGCAGAGGAAGAAGAUAGCGAAGAGGAGGACGGGAAUGACGAAGAAGAAAAGAACGACGCUCAGGAUGAAGAGGACGAGGAGGACGAUGACGAUGACGAUAACGAUGAAGAGGAGGACGAUGAUGAUGCCGAAGAGAAAGAAGAAGACGCUGAUGAAGAAGGCAACAAAGAGCCUACCAACGGGGAGAAGGACACCAAGCCCACUGCGCCGUCCGUUCCUGCAGGUGGCUUCUCCUUUGCUGGUCAGGCCACUUCGUCGUUUUUCAAUACGUCAUCAACUGCGCCUAUGUCAGGUGUCAAGGCCCCUGCCUUUUCUGUACCAUCUGGUGGCUUUUCUUUUGCCGGUACACAAAUCUCGAAGUCUAGCACGACGACCAAGGACACGUCAGCCCCAGCCACGCCGUCGAAAACAGGCGUGACGACGAAGAAACCCAUCACGUUUGGGUCGGCCAAUGCUGCAUCAGUUACCCCUCUCUUUGGCACUACAUCGACACCCUCUCCGUCAGAGCCUCACCGGUUUUCGUUCGGAACUAGCCCAUCCUCGUCCACGGCGUCAGGCUCAGCUCCGUCGACCUCGCCAUCCUUCACUAACAAGGCUAUUGGACCUUCGUUUGCUAAUACGACGGGAGUGAGCUCCAGUGGUUCGUUCCAGUUUGGCGCUAAGCCCAUCUCGUUUGGAACACCUGAGACGCAAAAGACCGAAGAAGAGCCACAGUCUAAGUAG